UUGGUCCAGGACUACUCGUCGCACGGGAUAUAAACGGGAGGCCUGCGAGGCAUACUUCUUUUCAUCUUCUUCCUCUCUUUCACGAAAUCGUGAUGGACCCCUCCAAAGAAAAAUCAAACGAGACGAGCGCCAAAGCCGUCCCGGCUUUCUAUGAUCCCAGCCAGGAGAGUACCUGGACUCGACUGGGUCUCAGUUUGGAGAGUUUUAAGCGUGCGCCAGGUGUGACUGGUGGCCAGGUUGUCGCCGGAGGGCACAAUGUCAACGAAAUCGAGGAUAUCCAAGCCGAUGCGCCGAUGCUGCAGCCCAAAAUGAAAAAGCGUCAUUUGAAUAUGAUCGCUGUUGGCGGAAGCAUUGGCACGGGUCUUUUCGUCGGCUCUGGCGCGGCUCUACACAAUGGUGGUCCCGCUGGUGUUAUCAUCUCAUACAUCAUCAUCGGUAUCCUGUUGAUCAAUGUCACCCAGGCCCUCGGUGAAAUGGCCAUCAUGUAUCCUGUCUCGGGCGGUUUUUAUACCCUUGCCGAUCGAUUUCUUGAUCCUUCAUUUGCGUUUGCCAUGGGUUGGAACUAUUGCUUCCAAUGGUUCGCCGCUCUGCCUCUCGAAAUUACCGUCGCCGGGACCACGGUACAAUACUGGACCGAUAAAGUCCCCAUCGCUGUUUGGAUUACAAUAUUUUGGGCUGUCAUCAUCUUCAUUUCUAUCUUCGGAACACUUGGCUAUGCAGAAGAGGAAUUCUGGUCGUCGUGUUUGAAGCUUUUGGUGGUGGUCAUGUUCAUAUUCCUUGGAAUAAUCUGCGUUUCUGGCGGCGGACCGAAGAGCGGAGAGUUCGGUUCUUAUGUGGGUGGCAAGUAUUGGCAUGACCCAGGAGCAUUCGCGAACGGUUUCAAAGGCGUAUGUGCUGUUUUCGUGACUGCCGCCUUCUCAUUCUCUGGAACCGAGCUCGUUGGUCUCGCUGCUUCGGAGACUGCCGAUCCGAGAGGAACUAUGCCUGGUGCCGUCAAGGGAACGUUUUGGCGUGUCACCGUCAUCUAUAUAACUUCCCUGACAAUCAUUGGCUUAAUGGUUCCUUGGAAUGACGAUCGACUUCUUGGUGGUAGCGGCGCGUCAGCUUCACCUUUCGUCAUUGCUCUGGACCUGGCUAAUAUCAAUGGGCUUAAUCAUCUCGUUAAUGCCACAAUCUGUGUUUCCGUGCUCUCUAUCGGUCUAUCAAGUGUAUACGGUGCAUCUCGUACUCUAACGGCCUUGGCUGAAAAUGGAUACGCCCCGCGGAUUUUCGCAUACGUGGAUAAAUCGAGUCGACCUCUGGUCUCCGUGUUGGGUGUUCUUGUCUUCGCUGCCAUCGCAUAUGUCAACGUCGUGGCGGCCGGCGAUACUGUCUGUGGGUAUUGGGCUAUAUCCUGCCUGCCUUCUUUUAAUUACUGUUUACUAAUAAUAAUAAUAUACUCGGCAGUUGAUUGGCUGCAGGCCAUUUCGGGACUCUCAACGCUCUUUACGUGGCUCUCCGUGUGUCUCUGCCACAUACGGUUUAGGCACGCCUGGACAAUUCAGGGACACUCCAUCGAGGAGCUACCUUAUCAAGCCAUGGGUGGUAUAUAUGGGUCUUGGCUCGGUGUCGUUUUGAUCGUCUUGGUCCUAAUAGCGCAAUUCUAUGUCGCUCUUUUCCCCGUCGGAGAGGACCUUCAUGGCGCAGCCGCUGGCCAGGCGUUCUUCCAGGCGUAUCUGGCUUUUCCUGUCUUGCUUCUGUUCUACAUUAUCGGUUUCUUGUGGAAACGCAAGCUUCCCAAGCGGGCCAGUGACAUCGACCUUGACUCUGGACGCAAAUCAUGGCUUACGGUGCAAGAGAUGAGGGCGUACCGUGCGGAGCGUGCUAAUGCCCCCACUCAUAUAAAGCUUUGGCGUAUGCUGUUCUCGAAUUAAUGGUAUUGUAUCUACACUGGAAGGUUUGUAUACCUGAUACCAAGUAGGUAGACCACCACCCUUAGCGUAUACCUUGGAUGGUAAGCGCGUUGUUACUCUGUAUAUUCGUAGCUAUAUAUAAUACACAUACG